GCCUGCUUGUGCCCUCUGUUUGAUUCUCAUCUCUCAACUCUAUUUCUUGAAACAAAGACACCACUACCAUGUCUGGCUGGAACGCUUACGUCGACACUCAGCUGGUAGCCACGGGGGCCGUGUGCCAGGCUGGCAUCUUCGGCAAGGCUGACAUGCAGUGCUACGCCAACGCGGGCGAUUUCCAGCUCCGAGGGUACAACACGGCCGUGACCGGCGAUGACGGAGUGGAGAGGGACACCGCCAUCAACGAGGCCGCCGACAUGCUCGGGUUCGUGACGAGCGGGACCAAGGCGGCCACCGGUUGGAGGAUGAACGGGACCAAGUACGUGGUCUUGCGUGAGCUGGAAGGCCCGGUCCUCUACCUCAAGAGGACCAAGGGCAGCGCGUGCUUCGCGUGCACCAACACGCUCGUGAUCGUGGGCGUGUUCGACGACGAGGCUUGCAAGGAGCACCACCCUUCCUCCACCGCCGGCGCUCUCGCCUGCAACAAGGCCGUGGAAGACCUGGCAGAGUACCUGCGCUCAGCGGGAUACUGAAGCGUCUGCGGCGGGAGGGAAACAAAGAAAUGGAGGGAGAGGGGAUUGCUGUUUUUUUCUGUGACAUUUUUUAGGGGGCUGAGAGAGAGUUGGUCCCCGUGAAUCCCCUCCCUUGUCCACCCACGCCAUGGUGGCAGUGGCUUGUUUUCCGAGGGUGAGAGUAGUCGCAGGUGGGCGGCGAGUGUACCAGUGCAGGGAGGGGAGGCGGUUUCGAGCACGAGCGCGGGGGCAGGGUAGGAAGGGUACAGAUUUUGCGGAGGGGAGUCCCGGGGUUGUUUGCAUGAUUGAUUUUGAUUUAUUGAUGGUACCGGACCAGUUUUCUCAUGCGGUCAUCAUACGUUGUUGUGGCGCGUACGCCAUCGACGCAAGCAGCGGAAGAACGUGAACAGCGUUUCGAUACUCUCGUGAUGGUGCUUUCGUGCUGCUGCUGCUGCUGCUGCUCUGCUGCUGCUGCUCCGUGAAGUGGUUGGUGGUGCUUGGCUGUCGGGAGUGCUGGUGUUUGCGUGCGUUGUCAUGGCAUGCCUGCUGGUUGCGAUGUCGAUGGGCUGGUCCCCCUUUUUUAUCCUAGCUUUGGUUUGCUGGUUCUGUUCUUUCAAUCGUCUCUCGUCUCAUUUGCUUUUUUCUUCUCUCUCUUGUUCCCGUGCGGGUGCUCGGCACGGAGGUGAACAAAAAAAAAAUGCAAUUUUUUCGGAGGUUGCGGGUUGUGGUGUGGCGAUUUAGCUCUUACACGGGAACGGGGCGAAAAGGACCAAAGCAAUGCAGCCACGGUUUUCGGUCGAGGGAUGGUGUUGCUCUCCUUGUUUUGCGUUCCCCGCCCCCGGCGCGCUGCCGGGUGGAGGAUCAAGGGCCUCUUCAUAGAAGCCUCCCUUUGUGAGGGGGGCAGAGAACGUUCGCAAGGCACGCACGGGGCUGCUUGUGUUUGUGCAGAGAAGUUAGUAGCAGUGCACGUGAAUUCUCGGAGGGCGGAUGUAGUGAGUGAUGGUACAAAAUCGUGUUGAAACGGGUUGGGAUCUGUAUGACAUGUGACGGGAGUAUUUAGAGCGUGGCGCGCGCGCGCGGGGGGGGUGGGGGGGCGAGAGGUAAGAGGGGAACAUUUCGGGAUGUAUUGGGCAAAGACUUUCUCCCGGCUCUUGUCCAUAAGGUGUGGCCCCUGUUUCAUUUUUGUUCCUGCCCUGUGGAGGGGUCAAGACGUUUGGUUCCAUGUCUGGUCGUAGAGGUUGAAGUGGGCCUGCAGCACUGGCUGCUGUUGGUUGCCGUUUGUUUGCGGCAUAACUUUUCAAUUUGUUGCGACCUACAUCUUGGCCUCCAUGGAGGAUGGCGUUGAUGUUGUCGCCCCCCAUCUUAGAUUUGACUCUCUCCCUAUCCCUUUUCUCUGUCUGGGGCUCUUG